UCAGCAAGGUUAAAUAAUUACUGGCCAUAACCGGUAAUAACAAGACAACGUGUAUCAUUUUCAGACUGCAGACGAGUUGGGACAGUCGUGAAAUAAUAAUGGCGUCACAAAUAAUCAUGUUGCUCUCGUUAUUUUGUCUUCUGAUUCUUAUUGGACCAGGUGUGAAUGCACUGCAAUGUUACUCUUGCGAAGGCUGCAACGAUCCGUUUAAGUCUUCAGGUGUCUCAACAACUGACUGUUCGGAAUCAUGCGAGAAAACUAAAGGAGAGAUGAAUGGUGUUCAAUACGUCAAAAGGAGUUGCGGCAGUGGUACCGAGACUAAGUGCAGCGAUCAAAAUGUUGAAGGCGUCGAAGUUACGCUUUGCACAUGUACUACGGACAAAUGUAAUGGAGUGGACAGGGCGAAUAUGCACUUGAUGACUUCACUCACAUUUACAGCAUUUCUGAUAGUGGCCAGAAGAUAUAUGUUUUGAAAUAUAACAGACUAAAACAAUGUAAAUAUUCAAGUAGCUCUACAUCUUUUGUGAAGUUUUCUUUUGACCAAUGACAGAAAAUAUAAAAAACAUUGUUAAAAGGGAUGAGUUUAAUCUAAUAGUUACAUUCCAGUAAACCAUCGAUUUCACAAUUUUCAAGAUUUUAUUUUCAAAGCCAUGGCUCAUUUAAAGCAUAUAAACAAUGUAGGAAAGAAAGUCUCAUAUGCUUAACAGACUACUAACAGGGGAAAAAUAUAUAAUUUUUUUUACAAAAUAUAACAAGUUUUACUAAAAUUGCUGUGUUUUUAUUGUUCAUAAGUUGUUCAAAUUUCAAGUUAAAUAAAGUUGGAUUUCUCUAGUGAUAAGACUUAAUAUAUUUAUAUUUGUUACUUAAAAUGUUUACUAUCAAACAGAAAAUGGAACUUAUCACUUGUCUGGUUGUCAUCACAUAGAGUGAAAAAGUAAAUGUAGAAAGAUGGUAUUACGAUUCUCAUCAAGCAUGCAUAUUUGAGCCGCGCCAUGAGAAAAACCAACACAGUGCAUUUGCGACCAGCAUGGAUCCACAGCAACCUGCGCAUCCGCGCAGUCUGGUCAGGAUCCAUGCUGUUCGCUAACGGUUCUUAAAUUGCAAUAGGGUUUGAAAGCGAACAGCAUGGAUCCUAACCAGACUGCGCGGAUGCGCAAUCUGGUUUGGAUCCAUGCUUGUCGCAAAUGCACUAUGUUGGUUUUCUCAUGGUGUGGCUCAUUUCCUCUAUUGAUACAAGCGUUUGAGUAUUAAAUGUAAGUAUAAUGUAUUCAUUGAAACCUGUAGCUAGUGUAUUGUCUUUAAUUUGUGAAUCGUUAUGUUGUAUUGGAACAUAUUUGAUCAUUAACGUGUGGGCAAUAUAUAUAUUCAAGUGUAUGUACGAGACAAAAAACGUUCACAGCAAGAGGAGGCGUGACAAUAAAAAAGACUAGGCUCAUGAGACAUACGGAUAUAUUACAGUCCGUAUUUGCAGUUAAGAAAUUCUUUACUUAUUUUUAUGUUAAAAUUAUCAUACUGCAUAUAUUAACUUUUAUAAUACUUAAAAUGAGAGUCAGAUAUACAGUUCCAAAUGUACAAGAUGUGUUUUUUUCCGGGAUGUUAUUGUGAAGCUGUAUAAGCGUCCAGAACGAUUUGCUAUUCAUACGGAAUAAUUGACUUAAACAAGUUCAUAGACGUUCCGUUUGACUUUAAUUUUUCUCAGUUUCAUAUAUUAAAAGUUUACGUUCAUCAUAUCACACUGA